AUGCGGUCACGCACUUGCUCAUUUGGUCAUGCUUAUUUGUCGGCCCAUGAAAGUUGUGGUGAGAUUGCAGACUGCAGGAAAGAAGCCUGUACUUUGCUCUACACCGCAAUCCCCUCUGGCGAGACAUUAAGCCCUAACUCGAGUACAGGAAGCUCGGCUGGAAGUCGUCACGGCCGCGUGGUUCAAGCCCAUCACAAACUCAGCCAUAUACAUUGA